AAUUUUGGACUAUUCUUAGAUAUUUAAGUAAAAUACUGUUCUUUCCGUAUCUAUGUACAAUGCAGUUUUGUAAUGCAAAGGAAAAUCAUUAGCGAAAGUGGUGCAAGAAGUUUGACCAUCGUUCUAAUUGCAAUAGCAUGCCAGGUUUUUGUAUGAGUGUUAAAAGUGGUUGGCCUUGCUAAUUUUUUUCUCUCAUCCAAUUUUGUAGAUAGCCACGGAGGUUCGGUUCGAUUUAUUUCAGUGUUCGAGGAACUCUCGCGGGAUAAACAUGAUUCUUCCAAUCAUCCGUCAAUGUUGUAAUUUUUUUAACUAAAGUGCAAUUUGUGCCUUUGAAAAAUUACUUCAAGAGAAAGUAUCACGUUUAUCUACGUGUCGCAAACAUUCUUUACUAACCGUUAAAUCAAAAAAAGGGCAUGUGCGCGCGUAUUCGAAGGUAAUAAAAAAUAUAAGUACCGAGUAGUUGAGUAAUGAGAGAAAAGAUAUAUUCAGCAUGUGCGUAUGUGGAUGAGCUCAUGAAAAAGAACACACGUAGAAAAAAUUCUGCGGACGCGUUACGACUGCUCAGGAUGCCUUCGGAGAUUGCUUCUCGGUAAAAGUGUGAUGAUAAUUAAGUUACACGACCUACGAUAAGUGCGCAUUCUCGAUAUGGAAUCGUUAUGAGAGUUCGAUGCGUUCGAACUAUGAACCCGUGUUCUUUCGCAAAUAUCGAUACAUGGAGUGUGGAAUGCAUGCAGGAGACGCGAUCGUUCAGCGGCACCAUUAUUUCGAGAUUUUUAACCGCUGAUUAACAUUCGCUUCUCGCAAUCUUACUUUGUAUGACUUGCGUUGCGCUACCUUGACCGUAAGAUCCAUAGCUGACGUAAUCGACCCUGCAGUGCUAUGCAGAUAUAAUAUGAUUAUUUUCGAAGCAGCGUCAAAAGCUACAGAGUUGAUCGUUAGCAUCGCAUUACGGAGAGUAAGAUGCGGCUGAGUACCACAUAUAGUGCAUCAGGAAUUGUCGAUUGUUGUUUAUUAAUCAUAAAGUGUUAAUUAAUCAUAAAGAUUUACGAUCGAGGAUACGUAAAUUGUAUUUCGUGAAUUGUGGCUUAUUUGAGGUGUAGACAUCGUAAUUAUCAUACAUCGAAGCUGUAUUGAAAACAUGGAGUCUCAAAAUAUAUCGAGAUCUGCAAUGGAAAGGCUGUAUUACAUCGCGAGCAUGCAAUUGUAGUAAGUUAAUUAAGUAAAUUGCAAUAAAUUCUGCUAACCCCAAAAAAUAAUUAAAGGAAGAUUCAGCAAUCACGUAUUUAAAUUGAUUAUCGAGAUAAUUGAUAAUCUAAAUAUAAGCUCAUUCAAGAUGAAUAAGAUUUCAUAGAGACCUAUCUCAAUUUGACUGAUAAUGUCAAGGUCUCCCCAUGCAGCUUUCUAAAGAGAAAAAUCAAUAAGAUCAACGUUAAGUAAGUGGUUAAUAGAAUGUAAAUAAAACGUAUUAAAGAGACUAACCACUGCAAUACGAAGGAGAAGAUUAACGAAGAUUCAUUUCUCAUUGUAAGAUCGGAUUCACGAUGCUGAAGUUCUGCCUGACAGUCUUGUUCCUGGGGCACGUCGGCGGGAUCCUGCCGCCGGCUGUUCUCGAAACGAUACACCACUUCCUCGCGGGAUAUUCACAGCCGAACGACCUGGUGCAGGACGAGGAUGUGACAUCCGGGCGACAUUACCUAUCUUUCGACUUUAUCGUGAUCGGCGCCGGCUCCGCCGGGUCCGUGCUCGCGAAUCGCCUGACCGAGAAUCCCGACUGGAAUAUCCUUUUGCUCGAACAGGGCAGGGACGAGACCUUCCUCACGGAUAUACCCUUUCUGGCGUCGACCCUUCACAUUACGGACUACGCCCGUAUGUACAAGAGCGAGCCGCGGCCGCAAGACGCAAAUGGCAACGGUGGGUUUUGUCUUUCGAUGAUCGACGGCCGUUGCAACAUAAUAUCUGGUAGAGCGGUCGGAGGUACCUCGGUGGUGAACUUCAUGAUCUACUCGAGGGGCACGAGGGCCGAUUACGACGGCUGGGCGAUGCUCGGGAAUCCCGGGUGGAGCUACAAGGAUGUGCUGCCCUAUUUCAUCAGGUCCGAGAGGUGCAAGCUGAUUGAUAAAGACGUAAGAUAUCAUGGAUACGACGGAUAUCUGGAUGUUACGACUCCUCCUUACGCCACUCCUCUAAGGGAAUGUUUCUUGAAGGCUGGCCAAGAGCUCGGUUACGAUCUUAUAGAUUACAACAGCGAUAGGUCCGUCGGUUUCUCAACCGUGCAAGCGACUAUGCGAAACGGUCAUAGAGUCAGCGCCAACAAGGCUUUCCUCAGGCCGAUUCGCAACAGAGAAAAUUUUCAUCUGUCCAAACUUUCGACGGUGACAAAAAUUAUUGUUGAUCCAAAAACAAAAAGAGCCAAAGGCGUUCAAUUCAUUAGGGGCCGUAAAACAUAUUUCGUCUCUGCUACUAAGGAGAUUAUACUUUGCGCAGGUACUUUGGGCUCACCACAAUUACUCAUGCUCUCCGGAAUAGGACCAAAGGAUCAUUUGAAUUCAUUGGGCAUCGAUGUAAUUGAGGAUCUUCCAGUGGGAUUUAAUUUUCAAGACCACGUGAGCAUGUCAGCUUUAACGUUUCUAGUCAACGAGAGCAUAACUAUCGUCGAGCCACGUUUAGGUUCGAAUCCAGCUGAGUUCCUGAAGUAUCUGAGAGACGGGAAUGGUCCUUUAACGAUACCUGGGGGCGCUGAAGCGUUAGCUUUUAUUAACACCAAGGCUAAUAAUUAUAUGAAAAAAAGACAGAGGGAAAAGUCAAAAUUUAAAUAUAUUCAGCGUAUAAAUACACACAAGCAGUACGCUGUUCCCAACAUAACUUCCAUCACCGUAAAUCGUAACGUCUUCAAGACAUAUCUUCAUGCUUAUAACAUGAGCAAGAUGUUAGAGGACGAUCAUCCCAACAUCGAGUUUGUAUUAGGCUCAAGCUCGAUAGCUAGCGAGGUUUCCGGCAUCUAUCGCAAUAUGCUGGGAUUAACGAAGGAUUUUUAUGAAGCAGUUUACCACGAUUACAAGAGCUUCGACAGCUUCAUGAUCGUACCUGUGCUUCUGCGACCCAAGAGUCGUGGUAGGCUUACCUUGAGAAGCAGCGAUCUACUGGACUCACCGAUCGUGGAUUUCAAUUAUUACGAUCACGAGGAUGAUCUGAAUACAAUGGUGCAAGCUAUAAAGAUUGCGAUUGAAAUAGCUUCCACGAAGGCGUUCAAGCGUUUCAACACUAGGUUGCUGCCGGUACCGUUCCCGGGUUGCAAGCACGUCGCUUUUAAGAGCGACGCAUACUGGGCCUGCACCGCCCGUCACGUGUCGACGAAUCUGGGUCACUACGUGGGUACGUGCAAGAUGAGCACCCGGAGGAAUUCGGGGGUGGUGGAUCACAAGUUGCGGGUGCACGGGAUCGACGGUCUCAGGGUCGUGGAUGUCAGCGUGAUGCCGACCAUAAUCGCUGGUCACACGACCGCACCGGCGUACAUGAUCGCCGAGAAGGCCAGCGACAUGAUCAAGGAGGACUGGAAAGGUUCCGCUUCGUGAAACGUGUGGGAAGCGGGUGGAAGGAAGUAGAGAUGCUACGACAUGCGAAACGUGGGAUGCGUGAUCGCGAAAGGACGAAGAGUGUGUGAUGAAGAGGAGUAUCUUUUCUGGAUUCGCAGAAGCAAUAGAGAAAACAUUGAUGCUUGUGCGCCAUAGAAAUUCUUAAAACUUAAAAAAAAGAAGACUUAAAGAGAAAUGAAAGAGAAUAUAAAAUGAUAAAGGGCGUUACGUAUAAAUUAUAGAAUACAGUAAUGUUUUGUUAUUAUACAAAUAAAACACAAUUGUAUGUAAUUAUUACGAUGAUUAUGUGUGCAGAGAUUGAAUUUUACUCACUUGUACCUUAGUCAAUAACUAACAAUUGUACAGUCGAAAAAUAAAUAAAGAUAUAAUCUAAAGGUAUGAUAAGUCAAUCCUAAAAUAAAAUGUUUU